GUGAGACCUCUUUUAUCUUAACAAUCUACCAUUCUUGAAAAACUAAAAUUUAGAGGUUUUUUUUUCUUGAAGUGCUCUCGUUUCAUAUCUAGAUUUUAAAUUGAUAUAAUUAUUUUAUUUUAUUUUUUUAUAUGAAGUUUUUAAUUAAUAGGAGGUAGAUUAUAAUGUAUAGUUUUGGAACAAUAUUCGUAUUUCAAAAGUUAGGAUUUAGUUGUUGGGCCAAAAUGGUAUAAUAAAAAGCGAUGGGCCCAUUUGGUUAUCAAAAUUCUACGCCGUCACAUUCCAUUUUUCUUGCGCUACAGAGGGGGAGAGAGAAAGGGAGAAAAAUGGGAGUUCUUCUGUCGAGGAUCGGAGCUCUUCUUUCUAAUUGGUUCGGCCCCCCCACGGCCGCCGCCGAAGCUGCCUCAUCGGAGCCGUCCUCGGUUCAGUCUUUUCACUCCUCAGCCAGAUGGCAGCUCCACUUCAAUUCCGUUCAGGAAACUUCCAAGCUCAUGGUGAUUGAUUUCUCCGCAACUUGGUGUGGACCCUGUAGGCUCAUGGAGCCAGCCUUCAACGCCAUGGCUAGCAAAUACACCGAUGUUGAGUUUGCUAAAAUCGAUGUCGACGAGUUAGCUGAUGUGGCUCAGCAUUUUGGAGUACAAGCAAUGCCAACAUUUGUGUUCCUGAAGAGAGGGAAAGUGGUGGAUACAGUGGUUGGAGCCCGUAAGGAAGAGCUGGAGAAGAAGAUUGAGAAGCACCGAUCGGUAUCUGGUUCAACUUAGAUCCAAAAACCCCCAAUAAUAAGUUCUCUCACUCUCAUUCUUACUCUUCUUCAUCUUUUUAUGUAAACAUUUGAAAAUUAUCUAUAUCCUAACUUGGUCACGAUUUGAAUUUAAAUAUGUUAUAUAAACUCCAACCUUGUUCUUGUUUGAAAUCAAUCUAACUGUCUUCUCCCUUCUGUAAA